GGGAGCUUAAUUUUAAGGAUUGUAUCAAAACUGGUUGUUGAAGCCAAAGAAUGGAGAGGCUGGAAGAAGAGACGACUGCGACUGCUUUUUUUGGAUACAAUUUUACAUUUCUUCAAACAUUAAGCAGUUGUGUGCAUGCCCUGGAGCUAUUACAUGCAGCAUAACUGCCCUUGAGAAAAUGUAUACCUUGGGAAGAGCUAGCGUUUUUAUUUUAAUGCACUGACUUUUAUCAACUUUUAGGUUGAAAUUGGGCAAAAAUUGGACACCUUUUUAGACAGGUGUUCUUGAACACCACUGACAACACAAUUCUGACAGUAUUUCAUGACAAUGGAUGGUGACAGUUCCACAACAGAUGCUUCUCAGUUAGGGAUUUCUGCAGACUACAUCGGAGGGAGCCACUAUGUCAUACAGCCUCACGACGAUACUGAGGACAGCAUGAAUGAUCAUGAAGAUACAAAUGGUUCAAAAGAAAGCUUCAGAGAACAAGAUAUAUACCUUCCAAUUGCAAAUGUGGCUAGGAUAAUGAAAAAUGCUAUCCCUCAAACAGGAAAGAUUGCAAAAGAUGCCAAAGAGUGUGUCCAAGAAUGUGUAAGUGAGUUCAUAAGCUUUAUAACAUCUGAAGCAAGUGAGAGAUGCCAUCAAGAGAAGCGGAAGACAAUCAAUGGGGAGGACAUUCUCUUUGCCAUGUCCACUUUAGGCUUCGACAGUUAUGUGGAACCUCUGAAACUGUACCUUCAGAAAUUUAGAGAAGCUAUGAAAGGCGAGAAGGGGAUUGGCGGAGCAGUCACAGCUACGGACGGACUAAGUGAAGAGCUCACGGAGGAGGCAUUCACUAACCAAUUACCAGCUGGCUUAAUAACUGCAGAUGGUCAACAACAGAAUGUUAUGGUUUACACAACUUCCUACCAACAGAUUUCUGGUGUUCAACAAAUUCAGUUUUCAUGAUCUGAAGAAAUGAUGGAACGGGAGUAUAGAGAAGCAAGAGUCUGUACAAUUUUGGAACAGAGACAUUAGAAGGAAAUGACUGGUGAAGAUGUCUCUUUGUACACUAAGUAGCUGUAAUGUAGCUUCCUGAUGCUUGACUAAUUGAGGUGUUAAUUUUGACUUGAGAAUCUUUUUCAUGAAUGAUUUUAAAGAAAAUUUUGGAUUUUAAAGGUAUUAAAAUAUUUUUGUUUUGUACGAGAGUUUGUUGCUCUGUAUGACGCCUGUAUGCAUUGUAUAUUGCAAUUUAUUACUGUCAGAGAUUUGUAGACAGUUUCUUAUUUUCAUAUUGAAUCAUGUUACUUUUGUAAUUCAAGUAAGCAGCUUGGUUAAUUCAUGAUGUUUGCCCUUUUAAUAAAGUAUAAGGGUAGAGUUCAUUCUGAAUGCAGGUUGCCUUUAUUAUAAAUUUGAGUUUGUCUUGGCUCUAUAAUUUCUUGCAUGAUAACCUAGCUGGAUCUUUAGCCUUUGCCGUAUUUAUUGAAAUUACUUUUUUUGGCAAAACAUUCAUAGCUUAAGCAGCACCAUUUUUUAAGAAAAUGUAAUUGAAUAAUGAAGUGUGAAUGCGGAAGCAAAUAUUGUUGCCCUAUAAAACUCGGUGCCCAUUAACAGUGUUUACACUGUUCAUUGUGCCUGUUAACGUAGUUUUAGUUACUGAUACUUUCGUUAACACUAGAUUUUCUUUUUAGUUUGUUACUAUGAGUGUUGGAAUUCAUUUCGGUUUAAUGUAGUCCUAGCUCUCCUGAAGUGUUCCUGUAGCUUGGUAUUUGAUUUUUUUCAAAACACAUCUUAAAGUACUGCAGCACCCUCUUCCAGAAGAGGUAUUCUAUAGCCUGACGGUAAAUGUCCUCAUUUUGCUUUUUUAACUGAAAUGUCUGGUUUCCUGUUAUACUGUGGGAACCAAGAAACGUUGGAAUCAUUGUGUGUACAGACUUGCAUGAGUGAGUGAACAGACUGGAGAAGAGAGUGAGUGCUGUGAGCUUGGGAAACAAGCCCCCUUCUAGUAUGCUGUUUUGAUCUUUGCAAUAAACAAACCCUAGAUAAUGUAACUUUGUAUAAUUUUAGUAGUAUGUACUUGGAUUGUUCCUUUUUUAAAGUGAGAAUUUGUAUUUUCUCAUCUAUUCUUUUUGGUGAUAAUUAACCUGAAGUUUUUUUUUUCUUUCCUUUUUUUAAUUUACUACCAGAAAUGGCUAUUGUGUAGUUUGCCUAGAAGGAAGUUUGAGUGAAUGUCAUAUGUGAAGGACACUCAACUGUGUAAGGUAGAAGCGAUCUUCCAGAGACAGGCUGAGCAGAAACAUUUACUUUACCAGAAGGAGCUUUGGGAGUGGACGUGGGCUCUUCUGAGGUUACUCCCCUUUCCUCCUACCCCCAUUUUCAAAAAUCUUUAUUACAGAAAAUGCACAUAGAAAAAAAAAAGGGACAGGGUGGUUAAGCAGAAUCAAUAGUCACCCUACUGUGUUGAAAUAACCAAUGUUAAUAUUUUGAUAAAUAUCAUUUGUCCUUUUACUUUGCUAAAUAUGUAUAUUUUUAUAAAAAUGGGCUCAUAUUGUGCAUACUGUUUGUAACCUGCGUUUUUCACUUAACAAUGUAUUGUGAAUGUCGUUCCCAGGUCAUACAUAAUCUUCUCCAUCAUUUUUAUUGGUUUUUUUAUUCUGUUAUAUGACUGAAUCAUAAUUUAUUUAAUCAUCUACUGGACAUUUUGACUAUUUACAUCUUUCACAAUUAUAAACAGCAAUUCACUGAAUCUUGUGUACAUCCAUGACUUGUCUUAAAAUAAAUUCUUAGAAAUAGAAAUGCUGGGUUACGAGAUAUGCAAAAUGUUAAGGCUUUGGAUAUUUUGCAUAUGGGUGUGUUUCUGAAAUACCUUCUGUUUGAUCCAGGUACUAUGUCACUGUGCAACUGACAAAAGCACUUGGUCUUUGGUUUCAGAUUUAAGCUCUAAAACUUGUUAAAAAGAUUGAAUUAUGUUUGCAUGGAGAAUCAAGAGUGAUAAUUUUAAAAUUUAAAUCAGUCUAUACCAAAACAAAAGUUUAAACUUAAUAAACUGCUGGUAGUAACUAAAACUCUAGGUCAAAAUAGGGUCCACUUGGGGUUGUGUGGUCUUCAACACACGAGAAAGAGAAGUGGUAGUGUGUACGUGUCAGGUAUGCACUGUCCUUCACGCUGGUGCGGUUAGUGUGGGCUGCGCACAUGGCCCUGUGUUCCCUUUCACUGUCACGUUUUUCUCCCCGGGGACCUGUUAGGUACUUAAGCCCCUGUUUUAACCUAAAGUUGCUUUUUAGUUUCAUAAAUGCUGCUUUUUUGAGUUCUAUGAGAAAUGGGUUUCAGUGAUUAAGUCAUAGGUGGAAGAAGGGACGAGCUCAGUAGCUUCUGUCUGUCCCCUCUCUACCUCAUUGUAAUGAAGAUGCUUUAGUCCCGAGAGGAUUGUUUUUAAAAAUGCUACCUUCCUGGUAUCAUGCUUUGGUAUGAUGGUGUUGAAGCUAUUUGUAUCUCUUUUUCUCCUCCAGGGGAAAAUCUUUGCGGCGUUUUCCCUUUUUUGAAAACAUGCUUUAUUGCCUGUUUUCCUUUAGUGGGCUAAGGGAAUCUUAGUUACUUUUAAUAAUUCUAAUUGAGCAUAGUUAAUGUUAAGAGGAUGCACCUAAAAGGGUUCCUAGAGCAGUAGCAAUUAGGUGUGAAAAACAAGU